CUGAAGCUCCCGCGACAUUUUUGAAUCACUUCCCUUUCUACAUUUAAACGACCGUCACCGGUAGCGACUGAGAGAGCGAGACGAGCAUAAGCAUCCAUUGCUUUUUAGGCGCAUAUACCACGAGACUCUCGAUCGACGGACUCUUGCCCGGCCAGUCUGUUGCAAUGUCAACUUCUCAGGGAGUCAACGUACUCCGAUACUCGGCGCUGAUUGCUGGCGUCUUGUACGGAUUUUCACACCAAAGAACGAUCUACUCGUCUAACGCAGCAUCUCACGCGCAAGCCGAAUACCAACACAAGGUGGAUUUAAUACAAAAGGCCAAACUAGAAUGGGCAAAGAAGACACUGCCUCCUCAGUCUAAGACUGCAAGUGGUGAUGUCAUUACCGAUCCCGACGACAAGAACUUCGACCUGGAGGCAUAUUUGACCAAGGUGUCUGCGGAGAAUUGAUUGGGCGGCUGUUAUAGGAAGAUGAUGCUUUCCAACGGGGCAAGAGAGUUAAUUGAAGAUGGAGAAAAGCCAGCUUGUAGAUUGCGACUCGCAGAGUUGAAACCCACCCGAGAGUCUCAUUUCCACGGCAUCGCAUCGGUGAUGAGUGCAACAGCGAUGCAAAACAACUGUCAACUUGUACAUACACGUCUUUGCGGUUUGGUUGUUGUGUAAAACAGGGAACCAUCUUGGACGCAUGAUGAAUACGCCGUUCUCCUUGCCUUGGUCUGGAUUCCUAUGGACAAGUCCAGGGCGGGAGAAGAUCUAGAAUCGGACAUUCAGCUAUUCAAUACAUAGCUAGACCAGGUGAAAAGUUGUCGCUGAAUGUUCCGGCUGACUUGAUCAAUUCUUCCAUAUGUUGAAUCCUCAGCACCGCGAUACGCUCCCUUCCCCCAACUGGCUGUGCUGUUUCGAUCCCGAGAUCGACAAGUCGGGAGGCUUCAUCCAACAUCCAGGCCAAAGCAUGCGAGAAUGCAACGAAAUUUCCAGAGGUCCUGACAUGUCAAUCAGGGGG